UUUUAAUUAAAACUUGGGUGCCACAUCAGCUUAAGAUUAUGAGAUUUAUAAGAUUUAUCAGAGGUAUACUUAUAUAUAUAAAUGAUAGAUCUUGGAUUAUUAUUUAAUGAUUUGGAGCUGAUGACGUUAGAGAAGAUUUUAAAAAACGAGACGUGGAUUUUGGUGCAAGGAGAUUGUAAAGUUGCAGAAUCUAAAAAUAUAAACGUAAAAAAAUCUAAAGAUAUAAAAUUACAAGAAUUGGAGCAACGGCUCAAAGUAGCGGGAAAAUCAUGUUCUCAAAUAAAACAUCGCCUGGAUUAUAUGACGAUGUUGUUAAAAAAUUCUGGUCCAUCUGAAAUAGAAAGAUCACUCAUAAAAUCUUCAACUGAUUCACUUUACAGUCAGAAACGUCAAGAUUUUUGUCUACCGGCCAGUGAAGAAGACAAUUAUCAUGACGUUCAAAGUAUGGGAGACAGUUAUGAGCAAAUUGCCAGUGAAAUUUGUUCAGUUAUCAGUGAAGAAAGAAUUUUAUCCGCUAGAUCAUUUCGAGCCAGAUCUGAUGAGUAUUUUUCAGCGAGCAAACAAGAAUCCCAGCAUAUUUUGACAGGAAGAGAAAUUAAUAUUAAAAUGAUGGAAAUUUUGCCUAAGAAUGAUUUCAAUCCCAUUGAUAUCAAUAACAGAGAAUUCGAUUCAUUCAGUGAAGAUUUUUCUGACAGCACAGAAGAAUCAGAACAAGAAGAAGAAGUUGAAAAAAUUUUGCCGCCCAUUCCUAUGAUGACUGAACGUAAAAAAAAGUCAGAGUUAAAUUAUAAAUUAAAUGGAAGUCGUCCGGAAUACUCUCGCCGCCGGAAAAUAAAGAAGAAAAAUAAUUCAUGGCGAAUAUCGAAUCGAUUAAACUUUCUAGCGAGACCUAAAUAUCAAAUAAAACUUAAUGAGAGUUCAAGUCGGAUUAAAAUGAAGAAACGAAGGACCAGGAUGAAAAAAGUUAAAUCAAAAAGCGUCGAGUCGAGACGAGCAGUGAGUGAGGUUCAAAAGGAAGCUUCUGAGGAAGAAAACGAAUGUUCAAUAAAUCAUUAUGAAUCAGUAAAUGAACUGAAGGAAGAUCCAUCAAUGUCAUUAAAUAUUGAGCCAGCUGUUGGAAAUGUCGAGAUAAUUGAGAAGUUAAAUGAAAAAUGGCCAGAUGUUGUUGAAAUUUAUCACAAUAUUGCUGCGCAAAAUAUAAGUCCGUCUGCGGUGUCUAGUAAACAACAUUUUAAAUUAGAUAUUCAACAGAAUUUUAAUUCAAAGGAUGAUAAAUAUUUUGAUGAAGCCACUGAAGAGUUUAAAUCACACGAAAUUGUUGAACAAAACAGUAUCAGGCAAGAAGAAUAUCUUCGCGUGGACAUCAAACAAAAUGUCUUCAAUCACCAGCACACCCAUACUAGGAACCAAGAGGCAUUUAAACAUGAUGACUGUCAAUCAACUCCGAUGGACUCCUGGUGCUGCGAAUCCUUUUCAGUGAGACGGUAUCAGCAACCGACAAUCGCUUCCCAGCUGAAGAAAGUCAACAGAUGCUACUUCACGACGCGAUUCGACAUAAAAAAUAUUCCAUUCGUCGUCGGAACUUCGGUCACUCGUAGUCAUAAUCUGGGAUUAAAUAUUCAGCAAGUUUGGAGUCUUAUGAAAAAUCGACAGCCGGAAAUAUUGAAUGGAAUUAGGCCGGUACUUAUUCGCAAAGUCGGUCAGAUAUUCGGCUCGACAAUGAAUCCAGGGUCGAUGCAUGUGGAAAAUUGUCAUGGUAAUGAAGGAUCGAUUAUUUCUUCAAAGCAAACGUUCCGUCAGGAAUCAAUUGAACAUCCAGGCGGUAAAGUUUCAUUGAAAAACAAACAAUGCGGAGAUUCUAUUGACGCUGCGCAUUUUACCAAAAGCUCAUUAUUGAGACAACGAGAAGACCAAUUGAAAAAAAGUGAUACUCUCAUUUCAAAAUGUAAAAGUUUUACUAACGACUCGGGAAAUGUUCAAAAAGUUUUACUGCGACUGCAGGAUCAGUUUGAAGAAAUGAACAAGAAGUACGAAAAACUUGAAGGAAAAAUAAAGAAACUGAACGACGAAAGUGUCAAGGAAGAAUUGAGUAAACUAGAGUCAGAGUUGAAUGACAAAGAAGAAGAAAUUUACGCCGUAGCUGGUCUGUACACAGAAGUCAGGGCUCUGAAACAGCAGAUUAAAAUGAUGCAUCAAAAGAAAAGUCUUCUUUACAUAACUACCGAAAGUGCUGGGAAGCCAUUGAAAAAUUCUUCAAUGCUAAGCCGGUCGCGAACUUCAUACCCGCUCGAAUCUUUUCAUCGUCAACAGAGACCCAGGACAUCUUGCAGUACAAAACCUCCGACGUCUUCUCGACUUGUGGGCCUCUUGCGUCACAUCCAAUCUGUCCAGCAGCAGCUAACGACUUAAAUUAAUCAGAGUUAUAUUUUUUAAAAUAAAUUUUUUUUGAGCCAAAGAAAUUUUAGAUGUCAGCUUUUAUUUUUUUGCUGUUUUGAUAUACAAUAUACAUAAAUGUUUAUUUUUAUGUGUUAUUUAUAUACAAAUAUUUGAAACACAUUUUGUUUUUUAAAUAAUUAAUGAUCAAAGUUUACGGGUUUGUUUUUUUUUAUUUUAUUCGUAUUAUUAUUAUUUAUAAUAAUCGUAGUGCAAAUUUUAGUUUGCGUUAUUUUAUGUUUCUCAAUUAUUCUCUACAGGCAACAAUUAUUGUAUAGGAUUUUUUUUUUUA